UCCGCAGCUCGACUUGCUGGAAUCCCCCGAGGGGUGCCCCUCUCCUCUGGAGCUCAAGUCUGCCCCCAGUAAGAAGAUGUGGGUCAAGCUCCGGGCACUGCUACGAUACAUGGUGAAACAAUUGGAGACGGGAGAAGUGAAUAUCGAGGAGCUGAAGAAGAACUUGGAGUAUACUGCUUCUUUGCUUGAAGCUGUUUACAUCGAUGAGACCAGGCAGAUCCUGGACACGGAAGAUGAACUCCAGGAGAUCAAGUCUGAUGCGGUUCCCUCGGAGGUGCGGGACUGGCUGGCCUCCACGUUCACCCAGCAGACACGUGCCAAGGGGCGCCGUUCUGAGGAGAAGCCCAAGUUUCGUAGCAUUGUCCAUGCUGUUCAAGCUGGCAUCUUUGUUGAGAGGAUGUUCCGUCGGACGUACACGGCUGUGGGGCCCAACCAUUCUCCCUCCGUCAUCAACUGCCUGAAGACUCUCGACCUCUGGUUCUUUGAUGUCUUUGCACUGAACAAAGUGAGCGAGGACCAUGCCUUGCGUACCAUUGUCUUUGAGCUGCUCACCCGUCACAAUCUCAACAGCCGCUUUAAGAUCCCCACAGCCUACCUCAUGACCUUCCUGGAUGCACUGGAGGCUGGCUAUGGAAAAUACAAGAACCCUUAUCACAACCAGAUCCACGCUGCUGAUGUCACCCAGACUGUACACUGCUUCCUGCUCCGCACUGGCAUGGUGCAUUGCCUUGCAGAGAUAGAAGUCUUGGCUAUGAUCUUUGCAGCUGCCAUCCAUGACUAUGAGCACACAGGUACCACCAACAGCUUCCACAUCCAAACCAAGUCAGACACGGCCAUUUUGUACAAUGACCGCUCGGUGCUGGAGAAUCACCAUAUCAGCGCCGUCUUCCGCAUGAUGCAGGAUGAUGAGAUGAAUGUCCUUGUCAACCUGACCAAGGAUGAAUUCUCGGAGCUCCGGUCGCUUGUGAUUGAAAUGGUUCUUGCUACUGACAUGUCUUGUCACUUCCAGCAAGUUAAGUCUAUGAAAACCUCCCUACAGCAGCUUGAGCGGAUCGACAAGUCCAAAGCACUUUCCUUGUUGCUCCAUGCUGCUGACAUCAGCCACCCUACCAAACAAUGGACCGUGCACUCCCGGUGGACCAAAGCCCUCAUGGAAGAGUUCUUCCGACAGGGAGACAAAGAGGCUGAACUGGGAUUGCCCUUCUCCCCGUUGUGUGAUCGUACAUCCACACUGGUGGCCCAGUCUCAGAUUGGCUUCAUUGACUUCAUUGUGGAGCCCACUUUUCAAGUUCUGACAGAUGUGGCUGAGAAGAUGGUCAUUCCCUUGGUGGAGGAGGGCUCUAAGAACAAAUCCACCGGCCAGCAGAGCAGCUCCCAUUGGCGUCAGCCCUCUGUGGAUGAGCAUGCUGAACUGGGAGACAUCAACGCAGACAUCAACAGCUUCCGUUCCACCUGGACCAAGUACAUCCAAGAGAACAAGCAGAAGUGGAAGGAGCGAGCUGCCAGUGGAAUCACUAACCAGACCUCCAUUGAUGAGCUGUCACCUUGUGAGGAGGAACCGCGCACGCCUGAAAGCCAGCACAAUCAGAAUGGCAAUGUGGAAUAGCACCGCCUGUGUGGGAGCCGGGUGCCCGAUGCCGUUAAAAGUCUUCGAUCCCAUCGACUCCGCACCAUCCGCACAGGGAGGGAGCCACCACCCCUUCGCCCCAGCUCAAGAAGGGUGUGACAUGAAUGCGACCAUCAAUAUUACUAGUAAUAAUAUUAAUGAUAAAUGCAAAUGAUGUUGACAUCA